UCCGUCUCAUAUUUGGUCAAUCUAUUCAUCAACAGGAUUAUCUGUUGAAUUUGUUGUCUUUGUGCAAUGGAGGAUGCCAUUUUCUCGCCGGUAGCCAUGCUAGGCGGACCACCGGAUUCGGCAAUGGACUUCGACUACAUGGAUGAAUUGUUGGUAGAAGGAUGUUGGUUGGAGACAACUCCGGGAUCUGAUUUCGUAAACCAAAGUUCAUCCUUUUCGAGUCAUUUCUUUGAUCCUUCAUUUACAUGGCGGACGUCGGAUUCUAAUGGAGGUGAUUCAGGCGGCGGCCUCUCUCCAAGAUCAUUUUUGCCUGCAAAUUCACAUAUGAAUGUCGCUCGAGGUGAAAGUUGUAGUCCUCAGUUUAGCGAUUGUAUAACCGACGGUUCUGAGUCGAGCCGAAGAUGGUGGAUUGGACCCAGAACUCCGGCCACCUCUGUGAUGCAGAGAUUAACUCAAGCACUUGGUUAUAUUAAAGCUUCUGCUAAAGAAAACGAUGUGCUUGUACAAUUAUGGUUGCCUGUAAAUAGAGGAGGUAGACGCUUUUUGACUACCAGUGAGCAGCCCUUUUCGCUCGAUCCCAACAGCCAAAAGCUUGCAAGUUACAGGAACAUCUCUGUCAAUUAUCAUUUUCCAGCGGAGGAGGAUUCCAAGGACAUGGCGGGAUUGCCUGGUCGGGUGUUCUUGAGUCAGGUUCCCGAGUGGACUCCCGAUGUUCGAUUCGUUAAAAGCGAUGAAUAUCCGAGAGUUGACUAUGCUCAACGACAUGAUGUUCGUGGAACAUUCGCCCUUCCGGUUUUCGAACAAGGAAGUGGGACCUGCUUGGGUGUUAUCGAAGUCGUGAUGACGACCGAGAAGAUCAAGAUUCGACCCGAGCUCGAAAGUGUUUGCAAAGCAUUAGAGGCCGUCAACCUUCGGAGUUCGAUAGCUUCCGGCACUCGAAACAUGAAGGCUUACAAUAAUUGCUACCAAGCUGCUUUACCCGAGAUCAAAGAACUGUUAAGGUGUGCUUGUGAGACGCACAGAUUACCCCUAGCUCAGGCUUGGGUUUCUUGCAUCCAGCAAGGUAAAGAGGGUUGUCGGCAUUCAAACGAGAACUAUGCUCAUUGCGUGUCUACGGUGGACGAUGCUUGCUGUGUUGCCGAUCUUAAUAUCCAGGCCUUUCACGAGGCUUGCUCCGAGCAUCACUUGUUAAAAGGUCAGGGUAUUGUGGGGAGAGCUUUCGUGACUAACCAGCCGUGCUUCUCGCCAGACAUAACUUCUUUUAAGAAGACCGAAUAUCCUCUGGCUCACCAUGCGAUGAUUUUUAAGUUGCACGCUGCUGUCGCGAUACGUUUCAGAUGCAUUCGCACCGGUAAAGCAGACUUUGUCUUGGAGUUCUUCUUACCUGCACACUGCAGAGAUCCGGAGGGACAGAGGAAGAUGCUUAAUUCACUAUCCAUCAUUAUACAGCAAGUAUGUUGCACCUUACGGGUCGUAACGGAUAAGGAGCUGGAGGAAGAAACCGAUUUCACAGUUAGUGAACUCGUAACCCCUUCGGAUGGCAUUCCGAUUAGAGACGAGUUAUCGAAAGAGCAGUACACUCAUGGUUCACAUAAGUUUCCUCAAGAAAGUUCCUCUUGCCACACUAAGGUCCAGCAGAGUUGUGACACUGCCUCAGUACUCGAAAAAGAAAAGCCAAGGGCGCCGUUGGAUGAAAAAUCAUCCGAUGUGAAGCCUCAUCAAGAACAUAUUAGCCUACGAGAAAGUAUCGAAUACGGGGAUUCCACGUUUAAUGAGAUAAGCUUUUCGAGUGUGGCUAUGGGAAAAACAGGAGAGAAGAGGCGUAGCAAGACAGAAAAAGCAAUUACUCUGCAAGUUCUCCGUCAAUAUUUUGCUGGAAGCCUAAAAGAUGCAGCAAAAAGCCUUGGUGUGUGUCCAACAACCUUGAAAAGAAUCUGCAGGCAGCACGGAAUCAAACGCUGGCCGUCUCGAAAAAUCAAGAAAGUUGGACACUCCUUACAGAAACUCCAGCACGUCAUCGACUCGGUACAAGGUGCAUCUGGUGCUUUUCAUAUUAGUAACUUCUAUGCAAAUUUUCCUGAGUUGGCAUCUCCAAAAUUGGUAGGAAAUGGUGCAUUAUCGACCUCGCUGCCGAAUGAUAAGCCAAAGCAAAUAAACAUACAGCCUGAGGGUGGUAAUUUCGUGUCCCAAGCUGCUACUUCGAAUUCGCCUUCCUCCUCGUGUAGUCAGAGUUCAUGUUCAAGCCAAUGCUUUUCAAGUGGAACACAUCGGCCUUCGAAAUUCAACAUGCCUGCUAAUGAAGAGCUCGUAAUCGGAGAUAGUUUCGGGAAUGUUGAGCUGAAAAGGGUGAAAACUGAUGUCGAGUUGCAUGCUUUAAAUCAAGAAGAAUCAAAGCUGUUCCUAAGAUCCCAGAACCUUAUCUCUCUUAAGGAACAGGUUAACCAUGACGAUCUUCAAACCGUAUCGAAGACUGCAGCCAGCCAGAUUGCUCGAGAUUUAGAAGCUCGAAGGGUGAGGGUCACAUAUGGAGACGAGAAGAUCCGGUUCCGCAUGCAGAGCGAAUGGCGGUUUAAAGAUUUAUUGCAUGAAAUUACGAGACGGUUCAAUAUAGAUGAUAUAACUAGGUUCGAUAUAAAGUACAUGGAUGAUGACUCCGAGUGGGUGUUAUUAACAUGUGAUGAAGAUUUGGAGGAGUGCAUUGAAGUGUGUGGAUCAUCGGGCAACACAAUUAAACUCUCGUUGCAAGCUUCUCAUCAUCAUUUGGACCAGUUUUCAGGCACUGGUCCUUGAUGAAACUGUCUCAUCGGUAUCGGUACCAUUAUUUUGACGUUUCCGAAUGGCAGUGACCUUAAUGCUCCUUGGGGACAGUAACGCUUUGGGACGAGCUGCACUGUUGGAGGAGUUGAUUAGAAGGAGGAAAUGAUUUGUGACAACAUUUGGGGAAGAAGUGAAGUUGAUACACUAUCAUCCUAAAUACCAUGAAAGCCACUUUAACGCAAACGAUCUGUUACGAUUGUGGUAGCUCAUAUAGCUGCUGAGUGCUGACAGUUUGGAAUCUCUCCGUGCUCUUUUGCUUUCCUUCUCAGAAUGAGAUUUGCUGUAUAUUUUAGUCAUGAUCAGAGCAGCAAAAGGUGCCAUGUCAAAAAGAAUACUAGUAAUGGUAAUAAAGAGGAUAUUUUCUAACAAUUUUUAUUCUGUUUUG